CCCUCGGUCGACAGUUCAACGCGGUCCGUAGUCUUCAACGGAUGCUCGUUCAAUUCGAAUCCGUCGAACUUUUAUAACGUGUUCUAUACACUUCAUUCUUCUCAUCGCGUUCAAUGAAAAAUGUACGAACUUACAGUUUCUUAACCGGAAGUUUUUAUACCUUCAGUUUGUGUAUCUCCGAGUAUAAUCUGAGUUUAGGAUUCUGAUUGCAUUGUGAUAGCAGCCUUUAACAUGAUAUUUCGAAUGGAUACCUUACCAAAAAUUACUUAUGGUAUAAACAGAGCAUUAUAAUGAAUGUGUAAAAGUUACGUGGUGUCGAUCACUCUCAAAGAUGUUGGACAAGAGGCCAUAGCAUGAAAUAUAUUGGUAUAUUCGGAGCUUUGGUAUUUAUUUUGACCCUCGGUAAUCUCCAAUCGGUCACAAUAGUAAACCACCAUCCGGACGAAGAGUAUUUUUUGGAACAUGAAGUACUCUACGAGGAAGCAAUUGCUGAAGCAAAGAAGAUGGAAAUUUAUCCAGCACCAAUUCCAGGAUGCAAACCUUGUACGGAUUCGGAGAUGAUUUACUGUAAAGAUGGAAGCGUCAUAAGUGAUCAUUGUUGCUGUGAUGGCAGUUUUAACAAGGUGUUUCCCUUCGUCGAACACGCUUGUCACGUCGGACCAGAAGAAUGUAAAGUACGGGCCAAAGACUGUGCUGAGUACACAAGGCUACGGGAAUGUUGCUGUCAUUCCUAUUUAGCUUCUACUUGGAAAUCUUUAGCAAAUGACGCAGGACGAAACAUAAGUACGAAGUUCCUGAUGAUAUUAACAGUACUCAGGUUGUUCCUAUAGCAGAUGUUAUCAUUAGCAUUUGAUAGCGGGUGUUUUUACAUAAAACAUAAAUUAUUUUUCCAUGGACUUAUAAAGAAUAUACAAAAUUAAUGAAUGUUUAUACAAUCUUCAGUGACAACGAAAUCAAAUUGUGAAAUAACUUAAUGAAUUAGUCUUUGCAAUUUUAUAUGUACCUACAAAAGAAAAAUGACACUUAUAUCGAAAGAUAAGGAAUACCGAAAACCACAUUUUGUACUGCAACAGAUAAAUGUACCAAAGCGAAUAUAAAUUAUGCAGAAUAUA